AUGUCUACGGAGAAACUCCCUCCUUCAAUUCCUGCCUACAGCGAUGCAGAGAAGGGCAUUCUCGACACCAUUCCCCCCUCCAGCUACUAUCCCGCCGACAAGAAGGAGGUGGUAAAGCAGCCAGCGCCACCAAAACCUUCCCCCAAACCUAAGAAACGCGUCUCGAAGUGGAUUCUAUGGAAAAUAUGGUUCAACACAUACCGCAAAUUCUUUACCUUCGUCUUCACACUCAACAUGGUUGGGAUCGGCCUGGCAAUUUCAGGUCACUUCCCAUACGCAGUGAACAACUCCGGUGCGAUGGUAGUAGGCAACCUGAAUUUUGCCAUCUUGAUGCGCAACGAGGUGUUUGGACGACUUUUAUAUCUGUUUGUCAACACUCUCUUUGCCAAGUGGACGCCUCUAUGGUUCCGAUUGGGCUGCACCUCGGUACUACAGCAUCUCGGCGGCAUUCACAGCGGAUGCGCACUUUCUGGCGUUCUCUGGCUACUCUUCAAAGUUGUCAACAGUUUCCGCCAUCUCGACGUAACUCACGAUGCAAUUCUCAUCAUGGGCGUGGUCACAAACGUGGCAGUUAUUAUCAGUGCAUUAAGCGCAUUCCCUUGGGUGCGCAAUACCCACCACAAUGUUUUCGAACGGCAACAUCGCUUCAUCGGCUGGUUGGGCCUGAUUUGCACUUGGAUAUUUGUCAUUCUUGGAGAUACCUACAAUCCCGAAACUCGCUCAUGGGAUACCGCUGGUCAGAAGCUCAUCAGACACCAAGACUUCUGGUACACUUGCAGCAUGACAUUCUUUAUCGUGCUACCGUGGAUUUGUGUGCGCGAAGUUCCCGUGGACAUUGAACUGCCAUCCCCCAAAGUUGCUAUCAUUCGAUUCAAGCGAGGAAUGCAGCAAGGCCUCCUAGGUCGUAUCAGUCGCUCCUCCAUCAUGGAAUACCACGCCUUCGGCAUCAUUUCUGAAGGGACCCAUGCGAAAUACCACUAUAUGAUUGCUGGAGUCCAAGGCGACUUCACCAAAGGUCUUGUCAACGACCCCCCCAAGACCUUGUGGACACGUGAACUCAAGUUUGCUGGCGUCAGUAACACAAGUACGCUCUAUAGGCGCGGUAUAAGAAUUUGCACUGGGACUGGAAUCGGAGCCGCACUUUCAACAUGUCUUCAGUCUCCUUACUGGUAUCUUAUCUGGAUAGGCUCAGACCAAGAAAAAACAUUCGGUCCGACGAUUGCUGGCCUCAUCAACCGGCAUCUUGAGGGCAGGGUUACACUCUGGGACAGUAAACAACGUGGUGGUCGGCCAGACACUAUGAAAUUGCUGUCAGAGGUAUACCAUUCAUGGGAUGCAGAAGUCGUUUUCAUAACUUCAAACUUCAUUGGAAACUCAGAAAUGAUGGAGGGUUGCAAGGCUGCUGGCAUCCCUGCGUUCGGUACUCUCUGGGACUUCUAG